CCUUCUACCUCUGCGAGCGGGGAGGGGUUAGUUUCCCACAGGGGAUUUCAACCAUCACACUCAGAGCCCGCCUCCUAAUCCUCGGGCGGAGCGGCUCGGGGGCCCCAUUUUAUGGCAAUAAAGCGACUUAGCGCCUGCUGAGCGAGCCCCUCCCCGCCGCCGCCCCCGCCCUCGGCCCCACCCCGGGGCUCGCCCGCAGCGGCGGGGCUUUGUUUCGGGGGAGGAGGACCCGGAGCUCUUUUGUUUGGGGGUUUGGUGUUUUCACCUUCCCCCCGCACCCCCCCAACCGCCCCCCCCCCCCCGCGCCUCUCCGGUUUCCUGAGCUGCGGGCUGCAAGGGAGGAGAAGCGGCGUCUUGCAACCCCCUCGGCUGGGCCCCGGGGUAAUUCGAUGCGGGCCUGGCGAGGCUCCCCCCGCUAGACCCGGGCUCGCGUCUCGGCAGCCUCCACCCACCGGCCCACCCUACAUUUAGCGCAUCAUGUGAUCCGGUGACCUGGAGCAUCUUUUCCUAUGUUUGUAGGAGAAGUUCGCUGACUCCCGCUCUCCUCUCCGUGAAUGUGGUUUUUCCGUGGAAGCUUCAUUGACGUUCAUCCGUGGUGCAGAGGCAGUCAGGCCUUGUGAGUCAAGUGGAGCUCACAGCCUCCCAGAUCCUGGAAGGUUUUGUCGGGAUCAAUGUGACUCUGGAAACAAAUGGAUGAAUGAAUAUCCAUAUGAAGAGGAAAACAAUAAAGUCCUGGCUCUGCCCGUUACCUCCCGGGGUGUCUCGUGGUUUGUGAAUGUGGCGCGGAUAGAAUGAGAUGACUGCCAUAGCAGAGAUCCGUCACUGCGUGUUUAAGGAGAAAUUUGGCCAACUCGUGACCCCCAGAAUAUCACCACCUUUGAGAACAGAAUGUUAAUGCUUGAUGGGAUGCCGGCAGUCAGAGUCAAAACAGAGCUUUUGGAAUCUGAACAAGGGCCUCCAAACGUCCACAACUACCCCGAUAUGGAAGCUGUUCCCCUGUUGCUAAAUAAUGUGAAAGGGGAACCCCCGGAGGACCCGUUAUGCGUAGAUCACUUCCAGACACAAACUGAGCCAGUGGACUUGUCCAUCAACAAAGCCAGGACAUCCCCCACAGCCGUUUCCUCCUCCCCCGUUUCCAUGACAGCGUCCGCCUCCUCCCCUUCUUCAACCUCAACCUCUUCGUCGUCUUCUAGUCGUCCAGCCUCAUCCCCAACUGUUAUAACAUCAGUAUCUUCAGCAUCAUCUUCGUCAACGGUAUUAACUCCAGGGCCCCUUGUUGCCUCUGCCUCUGGUGUGGGAGGCCAGCAGUUUUUGCACAUUAUCCAUCCCGUUCCGCCUUCAAGUCCCAUGAAUUUACAGUCUAACAAACUGAGUCACGUUCACCGCAUCCCCGUGGUGGUCCAGUCGGUGCCUGUUGUCUACACAGCUGUGCGGUCACCUGGAAAUGUGAACAACACUAUCGUCGUACCACUUUUGGAGGAUGGGAGAAGCCAUGGCAAAGCACAAAUGGACCCUCGAGGCCUAUCUCCCAGACAAAGUAAAAGUGACAGUGAUGAUGAUGACCUGCCAAAUGUGACCUUAGAUAGCGUUAAUGAAACUGGAUCUACGGCCCUUUCCAUAGCCAGAGCAGUACAAGAGGUACAUCCGUCCCCAGUAUCAAGGGUCCGGGGAAAUCGAAUCAAUAAUCAGAAGUUUGCUUGUUCAAUCUCACCAUUUAGUAUUGAGAGCACAAGACGCCAGAGAAGGUCUGAAUCCCCAGACUCCAGAAAACGGCGUAUCCACAGAUGUGAUUUUGAGGGAUGCAACAAAGUGUACACAAAAAGUUCUCACCUGAAGGCUCAUCGAAGGACGCAUACAGGAGAGAAACCCUACAAGUGUACCUGGGAAGGCUGCACCUGGAAAUUUGCUCGUUCGGAUGAACUGACGAGGCAUUACCGCAAACACACAGGAGUGAAGCCAUUCAAGUGCGCAGACUGUGAUCGCAGCUUUUCCCGGUCAGAUCACUUGGCGCUGCACCGCCGGAGGCAUAUGCUGGUGUGAGGAAGGCUACCUGUCCAGCUGAGCGUAAGAGCUGGAUCUCUUAGCGGCACCCAAUUCAGCAGGGCUGAACCCCCUUCACAGUGUUAACCCAAAAGGGCAUCACCAUCCCACGAUGUCUGAAAGCAGAGCAGGAAAAAGAAGUCGGAACACUUCUUUCGGUUUGAAGGUAACCCCCAUCAUGACUACACGAGAAACAACUUCACGCUGGCCUGGGAGAUCGGUGACACAAAUGCUGAAGAGACAGGCAGUGUUUUCCGUGCUGUGUCCUCUGCCAUUUCAAGAUGUUUGUAGUUUGUACAUUUUCUGAGCUGUCAGACGUUUUGUGAUUUGAUACUUUAAAGGUCAUCUACCACAAAUUGAUGGCUAGAGCAAGACCUUGUACGUUUGAAUUAUUCUCCCAUCAUCCCACCCCUGAGCCCGUUUUUACAAAAGUUUGAGUUACUGUCUAAGUAAGAUAGAACCCACUUCCAAUCUGUUACCAGCAAGCAGCCUGAAAGUAGAAAAGAAGAAGCUGUUGGAGAGGUUCCAUUACCUGAAAAGAAAGGAGCGCUCAGGCAGCCCUUUGCAAUAGUGAUGGCAGCCACUAGAUAUCACCCGCAACUUGUCCUUGUGCCAUCCAUGCCCUGGAGAAAACCAACAUUGAUUCUUUCAUUUGUUUGUUGUUGAUCGUUUUUGUUUUGUUCUGCUUCUGUUUUGUUCAUCUGUUCGAGCAGAGGGGCAGCGACAUUUCAGUUGGAGUCUAGUCCUGGUGUCUGCCCUGGCAUGGACGGGCACAGAGCUGUUCUGUAGUUGAAUAGGAAGAGCCUGUC